ACCUCAUGAAGAGUGAUCCCUGAUCAGUCACUGAUCACCCCUUUCCUUUAUUCUAUAUGGAUAUUUUUGUAAUGAUACUGGGAUGGCAGCUUUCUCUAACGUGUAGGGAAGUUCAGGGCUCUACACUAACCUUUUUUAAAAAUGGUUGCCAGGCUGGCAACCAGGAAUCAGCUUGUGGUUGCCCAAAUAUAUUGGCUGCCAUUUUGAAUCACCUUUUUAUUAUAUUUUGAGUAAUUAAGAUGCUGUACAGUUCUACUUCAACUUAAUAAUGAAAUUAUAAGCUUCAUUACAAUAACCAAACUAAAGUCUUUGAAUCCACCCUUCAUUUCUGGUAUAUGAACUAUCAGCAGUCAGGUUAGUCGAACUUUUCGCUACAGUCAAACAAUUUAGUUUGCUUCGCCGAGUUUGCAAAACAGAUUGGCGAGUAAAUGUGCAUUGUCUGGUGCAAUAAUGCAACAAAUAUUUAAAAUGUAGUUACGUUUCCGGUGCAUGCAUUCUAUUUACAGUCUAUUUUUUAAUUAUAUGAUUAAACUGGUUGCCACCAUUGGCAACCAUCGGCCAAGAAUUGGUUGCCAGUUUUUCCGAAUGGUUGCCAACGAAAACCUGGCAACAGUUACUGUCGAGCCCUAAUGAGCACAUUGAUGGUUAUGGCAUCAGAAUACUCGGACAGACAUGUUCUACAAUUUGCAUGUUGAAAUCUGAGUCAGAUGAUUGUGUGAUGUGUGUUUGUGUGUGAUGUGUGUUAUCAGUUGACUAAGUCUGGUUAAGGUGGGGAACUGCUGCAUUCAGUGGGGCAUCAUGGGGAAAAGUGGGAGUACCAAGAGAUAGAAGUGUGUUUCAUCUGUGAAGUUGAACAUCUUUGCCUGUCAAAGGGCACAUUGUCUUUUAACUGUUAGGCGUUGUAGCUCUGUGGAAGAGCAGCUCUCCUGGUUGGACUCUAAUGGUAAGCAUAAGGUGGUCACCAAGCUGUAAAUGGGUUUUUUUGUUUUUUACCAGACAUGUGUUAAGGACUGUACGGAGACCCGUCUUUUGUAUGACUAGCCGCCAAUCUGUGAUGGCUAUUGGCCAGAGCUGGCUGGCAGAUGAUGAUGGUUAUGAUACAUCUACACCCUACUACCACAGCUCAGUAUAUGCCGCCUACAAGCAUGCCGAUGGGAAGAAGAUUGAUGGUAGAAGGGUGCUGGUGGACGUGGAACGAGGACGCACUGUCAAAGGAUGGCAUCCACGACGGCUAGGUGGAGGAUUGGGUGGCACUAGGAGAGGUGGAGCCGAUGUCAAUAUCAAGCACUCUGGCCGAGAUGAUGCCUCACGUUAUGAUGACCGGCCCCUGGGGGGUGAUCGGGAUCGUGGAGAACGGAGGGAGCGCAGUCGGGAGCGUGACAGGGAGAAGGACAGAGGAGAGCGCCGGAGGUCCCGAUCUCGUGAACGCCGUCGACGUACCCGUUCCCGGGAGAGAGAGAGGGAGAGAGAAAGACCGGUUGCAGGAGGAGAUGAUGCCACUGGUGGUAGCAGGCGUCGAGAGCGAGAAAGGGAACGUGGGGGGGCAGCGGGAGGAGACAGCAGGAGUAGGGAGAGGAGUAGAGAACGUAAGAGAAGGAGCAGGAGUCGGGAUCGCAAAAGGGACAGAGAGAGGGGCAAGGGACUUGAUGGAGAGGAAAUUGCCCAGGGAGAUGGAGCCCCCGAGGGUGGUGAGCGGAUGCUGGAGGACCAUGAAGGAGAAGUUGGUGAGGGCAUGGAGGAGCGUAGAGAUCGAGAACGAGAAAGGGACAGGGACCGCAGGCGCAGCCACAGGGACAGAGACAGGCGCAGGGGAGACCGGGACAGAGACAGGGAGCACAAGAGGGAUCGGGGGGAGAGAGACAGGGGGGAGCGCAGAGAGGAGCGCCAUGGUUCCCUACGAGAUGACAUGGGCCCCCAGGAUGACGUGGGUAAUGAGGAUGAGGCAGGAGCACCACCACACAUGGAGGAGUACAGUCAGGAUGGGAUCAUGAUGGACCAGCAGUCAGUGCCGUCGGCUGAUGGCUAUGUCUCCAGUGAGAACGGCUACAAGAUGGAGGCACCAGGAGAUGAGUACUAAGCCGGUCCCUCUCCCAGCAGGCUUCCACUUCUAAAUAAGUUGUUUCAUACUUUCCUGUCUGGUACUGAAGCCCUGACAUCACUCAGGCUUCCUGUGCCGUGGCAGACGCCAUGCUAGCUUUCUCUGAUCUGUCAAGAAUCUGAAAUAUUCCACUUUGUUUCAGACAGUUGACUCAUAACUGAUUUGAUCUCACCAAAGUUGCAGUUUUCCUGCAUUGCCCAACUAAUCCGUGCCACUAAAUGUUUUCAGAUGACCUUAUUGAUUGAAGCUUUUUUUUUUUUCUACUCUUUGUUUGGGAUGGACUUGAUGAACACGAGCUCUAUUCGUUUUUAGCUGGGUAGAUUGUGUUGUCUCUUAUUUCCAGAUUAAUUAAGACUGUAUUCUUAUUUGGACCCAGUGACCAAUUUCUGCUCAAUGUAUGUGAAACUGAAGGAAAUGUAGUGUUGUGACAUUGAGGGCUGUUCUGUUUAUUCAUUCUGGAAUAAAACAUUUUUAAAA